UUUCAUGGGUAUCGUAGCCCCAUAUUUCUCUUUCGAAUGGUGAAAACCGCACCUCUCUAUCUAUCACCGUUCCGGAGCUAUAAGGUCAACACUGACCGGCCAUUCUAUUUUGAAAUGGAUAGUAGAAUGGCCAACAGAUCGUGAUACGAUAAAUUAUUAUUAUUAUUCAGAGUUAUACAAAAAAUCAAUAGAUGAGCAGGUUUUAACAUAUGAGCAAAUUAGGGACAUCACGCCGGGAUACAUCGGACCAUGUCUUUUAAUGGAAUUAUUAUAUUUUGAAUAUUCAUCUGGAUUUCUUGUGGACACUUUACACUCUGUUUACCAUGGCGCAUGGAAACGCCUUCUUCGUUUAUGGUUCGGUGAAGACUACAAAAAAAAGGAAUGGUCAUUAUGGUCAAAAAGACAAACGAUUGAAAUCAAUAUGAAAAAUUUUUAUUACCCUACCACAACGAUUAGACCUCCGCGAUCAUUAACACGCUACGAAAAAUUCAAAGCGAAUGAGUCGCGCUCCACUCUCUUCAUCGUCUAUCCAAUGUUAAAAGAUUUUCUACCACACAAAUAUUAUCAACAUGGCCAUCUUUUAACAACAGCAAUUACAAUAGGUGAAUCUCGUGAGAUCACCAACGGACAGGUUUUAUUAAUGAGAUAUUUAAUGGAAACAUUCAUCGAUACAUUCGAAGAUAUCUAUGAAUUAAGACAUGUAGUUCAAACAGUACACUGUAACCUUCAUUUGCCAAAAUCGGUCAUGGACUUUGGUCCGACGUGCGGCUAUUCAACAUUCAAUUUUGAGAGUAUACUCGGGAAAAUUACAUCAACCGUCCAUGGAUCCCGCUUACAACAAAUGGAAUUGUCCAACAAUAUCGAUUUAUUUAAAAGCACGUCUAUUAUUGCUAAUUCACAUUGUCAGCAAUCAGUAUUAUCGGACUUUAUCAAUGAAUUACAAGGAUAUACAACUUCAUCAUCUCAAACAGCAUCGUCAAAACCAGUAAACUUAACUAACACAGAUAAGAUACUGUUUGAUGCAUUAUAUCAAAACAAUUAUAUAAUUUAUUCAAAAUUAUCUUAUUCCGAUGUUCAAUAUUCGUCGUGGUCUGCCUCAAAGUCAAAGACUUUCACUGAUUCAUGUGUUCUAUUUGCUAAAAAUGACGAUACAUUAUGUUACGGAAUUAUCAAGAAUGUUAUUUACUUAAAACGCCAGAAACAGUAUCGUUUACAGAUUACGGAAUUACAAAAUUUCUCAUUUGACUAUGUAAAAAUUGAAAAUGUUACUUACACAAAUAAAAACAUAAUUUACGGUGAAUUAAAUGAAAACGAUUUUCUUUAUAUCAAACCAGAACAAUUAAAGGAAAAAGUUUGUUUUUAUACGAAUGAAAAUGAGUGUUUUUUUGUUCGCCUACCAAAUUUAGUUGAAUCUUCUUAG